CAGAUCGUUUCAGUAAAAUUAUAAACCUGAAUAACAAACCUGCGCGUACAAGAUUUACCAAAUUUUCUUUUAUAAAUCAGCGGCUUUGCGAGUGUAAGUAAGCUGCAUGCAGCGUUUGCAGACAAGACUUCCGGUAGAAGUACUUACUACUUACUCGUACUGAUGCUGUUCAAAUGAAUUCGCUUUUGAUCCUUCCGACCCGCCAUAUCACAACUUGCGCACGUGGAAAACGCAUGACUCACGCACCAUAUUGCACGACAAAUCAUCACACCAUUCAUAGGGCAUCUGCAAAACGUUUCCAUUCGACAUUGGAACUCUUCCAUGCGUUCAAAAUUUUUCAGAUCUGCGUUCUUGAUUGAAGCGUGUUUUACAGUUCUUAGAUAAGAAUGGCGUCCGAAACGUAUAUGCGCGUGCUGGCUCGUUUCGUAGUGACCGGGAAUGUUGGGAAAGUGUGGGAAAAGCUGACGGAAAUCGAAGAACUAAACGAAACCAAGCAAAUCCCGUGGCCGGAGCUCAUUAAUCAGCCAUCGAAGGAAUCUCUAGCAGUCAUCGCUAGCCGCUAUGGACAGGUGGGAAUUUUGAAAAUGCUCCAGAUGAAAGGCGCUCCGUCGCUGUAUUACGAAAUCGGGAAUCUGGAUGGCAAGCGACCGUUGCAUGAGGCUGUGGAAAAUGGACAGAGCGAGUGUGUGGAAUUCCUGGUUGAAACUAUCGGAGUUUGCGUGAACUCACUGAAGAGAGCUGACUGGACACCGCUCAUGCUGGCGUGUUCGAAAGCCAAUCCAGAUUUGGUGCGCUAUCUGAUCCACCACGAUGCGGAUGUGAAUUUCCGCAAUAAAGAUGGUUGGAACGCAUUCCACUUGGCGUGCAGAGAAGGCAACUUGGAGAUCGUGAAAAUGUUGUAUAAGGCCGGAAAUGACUCGUCCCUUAUCGUCAGCAACAAUGGCCGAAGUCCGUUGCAUACUGCCGCUCUUCAUGGUCACAGCACCAUAGUUCGUUUUUUGUUGGAAGAAUGCGGCUACAAUCCAAAAGCGUGCGACGCGUCGGGCAACACCCCGCAGAUGGAUGCUAAUCUUGCCGGUCAUCCGGAUAUUGCUCAGCUUUUAGAAAGUCACUGACUUUCCUUCCCCAACCCUGACAGGACGUUUCUCAUUUUGUUAUUCGUGAUCGCUUUGACCAAAGGAAUCUUUUUAUAACAUAUUUAUUUUGGUUGCGCCACAACCGCAAAAAAAAUGGAGCAAUGCUUAUAACUAUCGUCUAAGCACUGUAUGCAUCAAUUAUUAUUGGAAAGAAAGCCAAAAUCGUCGACUUGUUUUGCUGCACAUUUAGUGCGAAUCUGAUCGAUACCUUGCUUUAUGGAAUCCGGGGUCCUUCUUAAUUAAUUUACAAUUAAUCUUUAGAAGACUGUCGCCGCACUUAUUUCAGUGCCCUUUUACCGUUUUAUUUGUUUCCUUUGUUUGGAUGCUUCGAUGCAGAUAGUUAAGUAAAAAUACAGUGGCUGCCUGUUAAAAAGAGAGAUAAACUGAAGAUGAAAUGAA